AUGGAGGAGAGUCACUUCUUGAGCGACGAUCUGCCGCUGCCACCUACCCGGUUGUUUGAACGUCUGGGCCAGAUCCCCGGUUACACCUGGGAUCAGUCAGUUGAACCAUUCCACUCCACCUAUAACCAUUGGCAUAUCUCCGGCUUUCGCCAUGUUGCCGAUUCAGAUUUAUCUACCCCGAUCGCGACCUCCUCCGGCCCCGCCUCUUCCGGUCCUUCUAGUUUGACUCGAUAUUCCCCCCGCACCGAGGUCGACCUGCCAGCGUUUUUCGAUUUUGCGAUUGGCGCAUGUGACUGCUUGGAAAUACUACACUAUGGUAUGAAUACUGUUCAUGGAGAAAUUCGUGGAGAUGCUUUCCAUUUGAGCCGCGAGUUAGGGACGGUCAAACUGGCCAACAUGGGAAAUGGGGCACGCUCAUUCGAUAAUGUACUAAGUGAAGGCUGGUCCUCCGUGUCCCGAGAGUUGGGAGCCAAGUACAAGCUGCAGUUCAUUGCACCCGAACAGACUGGCAGAAUGCCGACAGAGCCAGAUAGCCGCACAGAUAUCUAUGCACUGGGUCUGUUCUUCUGGUCUAUGCUUGUAGGAAAAUUACCCUUUGAAGGCAGUGACCCGGUUGAAGUGGUCCAGAACGUUCUUACCAGGAAAUUGACUCCAGUCUCUGCAAAGAGAAUGGACGUUCCGGAUGCUCUGUCCGCAGUAGUUCAGAAAAUGACCCAGAAAGUUGUACAUGAUCGCUAUCAUACAAUCUCGUCGGUCAAGCGGGAUUUGGCUCAAGUGGCUAAAUUGCUAGGCGAUGGAGAAAGUGAAGCCUUAAACAACUUCAAGAUCGCGCAACGAGACGUCUCAUCGUUUUUCACCCUUCCUUCUAGAAUGAUUGGCCGGCAGAAAGAGUACGAUACCAUCAUAAAUGUUGUGGAAAAGGUCAAAAAACGCCAGGCCGCAGCAUCUGCGAAGGCAUCCACGCAAAGUCCCGCAACGGCUCAUGCUAUUGCCUCUAACGCUUCAAUCUCCGAGGGACGCGUGGACAGCUUUGAUAUUGCUUCUAUCUCCAGUGAAUCUGCUAGUUCAUUCCAUCUGCCUCCUCGAUCUGGCUCAAAUGCCACUCAGUAUCAUAUUGCGCAGAUCAAUACCCAAGACUCUGUAGCAAGUAAUGACACAACGCCUCCACCAAGACUUAGCCAAACUUCAACGGGCACAGACCCAAUGAUUCAUACGCCACCAGCACUGAGUUACAACAAAAUGAAAAGCCCCUCACAUUCUCGUUCCUCUCAUACUACUGACAGGGAAAGUCAUCCCUCCGUUGGGACCAACACGCACAGUCAACCAUCGACGCAGACAUUCAGUCAAUCGGAAUCAUUGAACUCUCUUGCCAAACAAAAGACUGGAGCAAAAUACCGCCAUAGUGGUCGAUGUGAGGUAAUUGCAAUCAGUGGCCAGGCAGGAAUAGGAAAGACGGAUCUUUUGAAUCGAGUUCAGCCACUCAUCCGCAAAACGGGAUACAUCGCAAUCACCCGCCUAGACCGAGCCAAACGAGUGCCCUUUGAACCAUUUGCCAAAAUUCUAGCGAGUCUACUACGUCAGAUCUUCUCAGAGCAAGACGUCAACACAAAUUAUCACAACAGCAUUCGCUCCACUUUACGACCUAUGUGGCCUACGCUUCACAAAGUGCUGGAUCUCCCAGAACAUCUCAUGGCACCAGGAGCCAAGUACAAACCAUCUGAGAAACUUCCGGUUCUUCAGAAACUUGUCCAACAGGAGAGCGGGGAGUAUGAUCCAGCAAAGCGACUUCACAUCCCGUGGAUGAACAAUGACCAGUCAUCGGUUGACUUUUUUCUAUCAAAUGCCGCCUCAAACAACAUGCGCCUGAUGGACAUUUUCAUUGAAAUCUUGACAAUGCUGUGUCAGUUCAAGCUCAUCACGGUGUGCUUGGAUGACCUUGAGUUUGCUGAUGAUGAGACCUUGGAAUUGGUUCUGAGCAUAAUUCGACAUAAGUUACCCUGUGUACUUGUGCUGACAAGCCGCAAGGAUGCGGUCACGCCUGAUCAGAUUCGGACCCUGUUUGAGACCGACAUGCCGAACAUCACGAAGAUUAGGCUUGAGCCGUUAUCAGAAGAUGAUGUCAUGGAAUUCGUCGCAGCAACAAUGCAUCAAGACCCCAACACGACGCUCACUCCACUUGCCGCCGUGAUCCAAGAAAAGAGCCAAGGAAAUCCCUUCUAUGUACGCGUGAUGCUUGAAACUUGCUAUCGUAAGAAUUGCAUAUGGUAUUCAUGGAAGGAUUCAAAAUGGCAAUUCGAUCUAGAUCGGAUUUUCAACGAAUUUGUCGCUCCCGUAUAUGGAGAAGGCCUGGGGUUAGGCUUCCUGACAAAACGCCUCCAAGAGAUUCCACCUGCAGCCCGGUCGAUUAUGGUUUGGGGAGCUCUGCUUGGAAGUCCAUUCUCAUUUUCGCUAGUUCAGAAACUUCUGACAAGUGAAUUUCUUACCCCGACCGACGAUGACAAAGAUUUGGAUCUCACAUCGCCAGCCAACGUGACCUUAGUCAGACAAUCUGAAGGUGAUAUGGUGGUUGGGCUACAAUAUCUGAUUCAAGCGAACCUUCUUGACACCGGGAAAACUGACGACGAGUUCAAGUUCGCAAAUGAUCGUCUCGCACAAGCGGCUCUUUCCUUAGGCGAAGGCCGCAAUGUUGAGAAAAUGCACUUCAUCGUUUCGCAAGCGUUGAUGAAAUACUACCAUGAUCAUCGGAGCCGGUAUUCGAUGGCUCAUCAUGUGGCACUCGCAUCGCCGAGGAUAAAGUCUCGCGUGAGUCGUAGAGUUGAUUAUCGCCGCAUCUUAUGGGAGGCCGGUCAAACGGCUGCCCAGUCUGGCGCUCGACCUACUGCUCUUUGGUACUUCCGCCACUGCAUAGCGCUCCUUCAGGAUGAUCCUUGGGAUGAUACUAAGACGGAUGUGUAUUACGACGAGACGAUGCGUCUUUACAUCGCGGCCGCUGAGAUGUCUUGGUCUCAAGCUCAGAGUGACGAGGCCCUUGAGCUGAUUGGCUCUGUAUUUGCUCAUGGCAAAGAUGCGGUAAGUAAAUCAAGGGCUUGGGUCAUCAAAGCCAAGAUAUUUGCUCAAAUGGGCGAUCACCAUCGCUCAAUGGAGGCGUUGCUGUCAUGUCUCGAUGAACUUGGUGUCCACCUGCGGGGUCCUACUACCUAUGAAGAAUGUGAUGUCGCUUUCUUCAAGCUCAAGUCUUUCCUCGAGUCAACAGACCUCGGAUCUGUCGCCGAAAAGCCUAUCAGCAAGGACCCGAAUUUGAUUACCAUUGGUGCUGUCAUGGCCGAAGCGAUGGCUGUUACAUACUGGGAUGAUGCGCUGGUCUUCUACAGAAUGGCUAUUGAGAUGAUGCACAUUCACAUCUCAAGAGGUGGCUUUACUCAAAUAUCGAUUGGCUGUUCCCAUCUUGCCAUGAUUGCUUUGAGCAGGUUCAAGGACAUUGAAUUUGGAGCGAAACUCAGUGAUCUUUCCCUAUCUCUGCUUGAACGUUGCCCUGAACUGUGGACCCAGAGCAGGGGAUCCAUUGUUCAUAAUCUCUAUGUCAGUCAUCUUCGUGUUCCUUUGGCGUCAACAUUACCUGCAUUGGAGACUUCGCUUGAGGCAACAUUCACAAUGGGUGACCCGUAUAUCACUCUCAUUAGCAUCUCAUCAAUGGCCAUGACAAGAUUAUUCCUUGGUCAAGAUAUGGGUCAGCUGGAGGCAUUCUGUAUUGAUACUCCCGAGGAUAUUCCUAUGUGGUCUCAAGAUACUCGCGGUGGUGCCAGCAUAAUUGCUGUUCGGUUCGCACGAGCUCUGCAAGGAAAAACAGAAUUUCGAUAUUCCGAAAACGUCAUUUCAGAUGAUGAGCAUCAGACAAAUUCGUACAUGACCUUCUUGGAUACUCACACUAGCAAUCCAGAUAGACCCCGAGACCUCUAUCUGGGUCUUUCCAUGAUCCCCUUAUUCUUGUUUGGCCACUACCACAAAGCAAUCGAGGUCGGUACUCAAUUGCUCGAAACAUCACACAGACUCUGGUCCGUGCGAGUGUCCUACAUAAUCCACUUCUAUCUUGCGGUUUCACUUCUUACUCUUCACAACGACUACCCUGCCCAGGGGUACCUCGAUGGGAAAAUGGAUAUGAUUCUCAAGUACAAGGCUGAAAUCGAAUUUGCUCGUCGCUGUUCCGAUGCAAAUUACGGCAUGUGGUACUUCAUUCUGGAAGCACUGAUUGCCGAAGUUAGAAACGACCAUGGUGCCACAAUUCAGAAUUUUGAGGCUGCUAUCGAUCAUUGUCAAAUCCAUGGAUGGCCGUUAGAAGAAGCUCUCGCUCUUGAGCUCCAGGGCGAGUUUCUUAUACGACGUGGCGCGAAACGCGCUGCUCGUGCCCUGAUGCAAGAGUCUAUCGCUACCUGGAGCUCUAUCAGUGCUGCCGGCAAAGCAACCAUGCUUGCUGAGAAGCAUGAGUGGCUUCUGAAGACAGCGACCUCUGUUCGGGCUGUUGAUGUUGGUUGCCAGACCCUUGACUCCCUCCUAGAGAUUACCCGCGAUGCUGUACAGGAAGAGAUCAUAAUUCCUUCUCAAAUAGAGGAAGAUGCGCGACGACAGCAAUGGAUUGAGCAGAAUGGUCUCAAUUCGGAUGAGACUCCUAUGGAUAUCUCAAGUGUUGGUCUCGAUAUCAUUGACCUGUCUAGUAUCUUGGAAUCUAGUCAAGUUAUGUCGUCCGAACUUCAAAUAGACAAGCUCUUUACAAAGAUGCUUGAGAUCCUCUUGGAGUCCUGUAACGGCUCUGACUUUGCAGUGAUUGCGACAAACUUCGAUGACCAAGGAUUUGCCAUUGCCGCAGCGGCGGACGCAGACAAGGGUCAAAGAUCCUACCCCGAUGGCCUUCCAUUUUCGGAGACAGAAAGUCGGAUGGCGCAGCAUAUCUGUUACUAUGUCAUGCGUACACAAGAGGAAGUCUUAGUUCACAACGUUCUCGAGGAUGAGCGAUUCUCUAAUGUCAAUGAGGCCUAUCUUGCGAAUUACCCACAAGGUCGAUCUGUUAUUGCGCUGCCGAUUAUCCAAGCGGACAACCUCCUUGGUGUUAUUCAUUUGGAGGGAAAGCCGAAUUGGUUCACACAGCGAAACGUUGUGGUUCUGCACCUUCUUUGCAACCAAAUCGGAAUCUCAUUGUCCAAUGCUUUACUCUUCCGUGAAAUCCGCAAAGUCAGCGCCAAGAAUGCUUCCAUGAUUGAGUCUCAGAAAAGGGCUCUUGCUCAAGCACGUGAGGCAGAGCAGAAGGCCAAGGUUGCAGAGGCAGAAGCUAAACACAACGUGAAACUUAAGGAGGAUGCUGCAAGAGCCAAGUCAAUUUUCCUUGCAAACAUUUCCCAUGAUCUUCGAACUCCAAUGAAUGGUGUCAUUGGACUUUCAGAGUUGCUGAAAGGCACCAAACUGGACAAGGAGCAAGAUGAAUAUGUGGAGUCAAUCAGGGUUUGCGCCGACACCUUGUUAACUCUCAUCAACGAUAUUCUAGACUUCUCCAAACUAGAAGCUGGCAAGAUGAAGAUCUCCAUAGUGCCGCUAAACCUGAAGGAGACAAUCUCUGAGGUGAUCCGUGCACUUAGAUACACCCACCGUGAGCGAGGUCUGGAGACAAUUGAGGAUUUAGACCGUGUUCCCGCAGAGUUGGUUGUCCUGGGUGAUCCAGUCCGUCUACACCAAAUUUUCAUGAAUCUCCUCAGCAACAGCUACAAGUUUACACCGAAGGGUUCCAUUACCGUCAAAGCGAGAGUCGCACGCGAGGCUAAGGGCCGUGUUCGCCUUGAAUGCUCUGUAUCUGAUACUGGAAUCGGAAUUCACGAAGAGCAAAAGGCUCGUCUGUUCCGACCUUUCUCCCAGGCCGACCCAUCUACUGAAAGAUCCUAUGGAGGUAGUGGAUUGGGCUUGAGUAUUUGCAAAGCAAUCAUUGAAGACGUCCUUGGUGGUGCUAUAUGGCUGGAGUCUGAAUCUGGAGUUGGAACGACCGUCACUUUCCACUUAGUCUUCAACAAAGCCCCCAAGAAGACGGCUGUCAAGACCGCCUGGUCGCAAGACCUGACUCAAGCAGAAAGCAAACAGGCUCCUCGACCUACCGUCCGUGAUCUGACGCAAAUCCCCCGCGAUCAAAUCCGAGUUUGCAUUGCUGAGGAUAACCCGAUUAACCAGAAAAUCGCGGUCAAAUUUGUCACUGGACUAGGCCUACAAUGCGAGGCUUAUAGUGAUGGACGACAAGCCGUGGAUGCGCUUCGCACAAGAUCCAACGAAGGUAACCCGUUCCAUAUCGUCCUUAUGGAUGUCAUGAUGCCUACCUUGGACGGCUACAAUGCAACCCGCGAGCUCCGCCGGGAUCCCGAUCCCAAUGUGAACGAGGUACUAGUAAUCGCCAUGACUGCUAGUGCUAUCGAAGGCGACAGAGAGAAGUGUCUCGAUGCUGGCAUGAACAACUAUCUCCCGAAACCGGUUCGGUCGCCAAUCCUCAGCGAGCUGCUUGACAAGUAUCUUGCGCCCGUGCCGUCCCAUCCUCGAACGCGCUUGGUGUUGAGAGAAAAGGGAUCUCGCGCAAGUCUUGGACGUGAUUCCGGAACCCCAACCAGUCUCUCUUCAUCUGGGUCUGAGGAAUCCAAACUUCCUCCACCCCGUACUUCGGGGGAGUGA